AAAAGAUUCUGACCAUGUCCCAACAGCAACAACAACCUCCUCAGCAAUUUGCAUAUCCUCUAUCUUCAGACGUCAACGCGUCCUACCCAUCUACUUCUACCUCCCAAUCAACUCAGAACCAGUCUCGACAGAAUGCGGAGGACGCUAAGAAAGAUCGUACACUAGCAGAGUUUCUUCUCAUGUUGGACGACUAUGAACCCCUUAUUCCCAACGAGGUCACAGAUUACUAUUUACAAAGGGUCGGAUUCGAAUGCGAGGAUGUGCGAUUGAAACGACUUCUUUCCCUUGCAGCACAGAAAUUUGUCUCAGACAUUGCUGCUGAUGCAUAUCAACAUGCUCGGAUACGGACGAAUGCUGCAGGUGGUCGUACCCGGAAUCAACCAUUCGGUGGUGUGAAGGAUCGUACACGGACUACUUUGACUAUGGAUGACUUGAGUGCUGCUCUCGCUGAGUACGGUAUCAACGCCAGAAAACCGGACUUUUACAUGUGAGCACUCAAGAGAGCGCUACUACUUUUGUUCUUUCCUCCUUGCGGUUUGGUACAUACUCCUUCUCAUCGUACAUGUACUAGUUAUCUUUCCUGCUACAUAUCUAUUUCACGCGUUGGGAGUUGCUCAACGUCAAGAAUUCUUUGCAAUUGCUUGACAAUGAUAAACAAUACCUUUGGCUAUCUACGCC